AUGCUUCCCCUCCGGGGCCGCGGCCACGGCCGCAGACGCAAACACAAACACCCACGGGCGGGCCGCGCUCCCUCCCGCCCCUCCCGAAGGGCAGCCGCCGCGGCCGGCAGGGUCCGGAGCCGGGCUGGCCCGAGCGCGGAGCUCCGGGGCCCGGAGGGCCCGCGCCCUCUCCUCACCUGCAUUCAGCGCGCCGGGGUCCGGGCGGCGACGGCGGCGGCGGCGGCGGGGCGGCUGGUGCUGGGAGCUAGAAGGAGACGGACGGGGGCAGGGAAGGGACGAGGGCCGCGCUGCCGGGCUUCGGGGACGGUGACCCUGGGCGCGCAGGAGAGGUCCCGCGGCUGCCGAGGAGAAGGCCCCCGUCGGAGGAAGCUGCGCCCCCGCAGCCGCCGGAGCCGCGGCUACUACUACGAGAGCCGCGCAAAGCCUGGCCUUGGCCUUGGCCUCCUGGCGCUGAGGCUGCCGCCGCUGCGGGGGUUGCUGCUGCGCUUGCUGCUGCCGGGGCCGAGGCUGCUACACAGAAACGCCAGCUUUCGGUGUCUUUGCUCUCACACACGUUCACACCCCCGAGGGCCGGGGGAGAGGCGUCCGCGCGAUAUCCGUAUUGAGAUUAAUAACAAGGUGCAGGGAGUGAGAGAAGAAGGGUUGAUUGACGUGGAGGGCCUGGCGGGAGUCAGUCACUCCCCUGAGCGGAGGGGUGGGGUGAGGGGAAGAAGGCGGAGCCCCAUCGCCCCGCCUCGGCCACGCCCCCUGGGCGCCGAAUUUGGCACUGUGCGCGUGCGCGUGCGGCGGCCUCGGGUCCUUACUAUUUUCUGCUUUACUCUUACUGCUUUCUUACUCUUUUCUUUGCUCGAGUGUCGAGCGGAGCUGGGAAGGCUGGUAGGGUGUUAAAAAACCCACAUCCACAAAUGCAUGAUGCGGGGAGAGAGAGACUGACGAGCCGCCUUCCCCGCGUUCUUGCGAGGACUCGGCGCUGUUUACUGCGCGUUCGCCAGAAGCUGACAGAAGCUGAACGUUGGUCUGGGUGACUGAGAUGCCAGGAGACAAGAAGUACUUACUCUCUACUUGCAAAAGAAUCCCAGAAAGAUGUGACUGAUGGAGAAGUAGGGGGGUAGGAGUGGCAUGGAGUGAAAGCAUUUUUCAGGAGACUGGAGGCAUUCACUCGUAGAAUCAAGACCUGGCAAAACUUGGGUUUUGUCAUAAACUCUUGCUAAUAUGCAGCCUGGUAAGUCACAGGGACACUGUCAUUUCCUUGAAGGUCGUAUAUUUUGUUGUUAUUCUUAACAGCCCUUUAUUAAUGAAUUUACAUUGCAGAAAAUACAGGCAAGGAAAAAUAAAAACAUUUUUAUAUCCACUAUAUUUAACAUCUAAUGGUGUAAUUUUUCUGGUUCUCUGUAUUUUUUAAAACUAAAUGAACUCAUACCAUAUAUGUUGUCUUAUAACUUGCUAUUUAUCAGCUGAUGAUGUCUACCUAUCUAUUUUAGUAAAUGUUUGUUUUACCUAAUACAGAAUGUAGUUUUAAAAAUUCCUUAGUGACACAAAAAUGUCCUUUAAAGCUAGUUUGUCUGAGUGAGCCUCCCAUUCAGGACCACACAAUACAUCCAAUUACUAUGGACGAGACUCUCUUCAUCUAGCACUAUACUUUUUUUAUGAUCCUGACUUGCUGA